AUGAGCCAGGGUGGGGUGCUUGGCAGUGCACUCAUCCUUGCCGUAACGACGAUUGGUGCGGGUAUUCUCACACUCCCAUCUGCCUUUUCAGACGCUGGUGUGGUGCUUGCGUUGGUUGUGCUGAUUCUUGUUGCACUACUCACAGUUGUGUCCAUUGAUUACAUGGUCAUAUGCAUCGAUAAACUUGGGGUAAACUCAUAUGAACAGAUCAAUCGGGAGCUGUUUGGAAGGUACAAUGAGGAAUUUGUACGGUGGAUGUUGCUUGUUUAUAACACCGGCUCUGCCAUCAGCUAUCUGGUGAUUCUUGGAGAACUCAUUGAGCCGCUGCAGCCCGCCAUAUCGCUUCACUUUCCUUGGCUCGUCACGACAAAACAUACGCUUUUUGUGUUUUGGAUUUUUGUUAUUCUCCCGUUGUCGUGUGUGCCGGAUAUUUCUUUUUUGCGUGGCGCUUCAUUUCUUGCCAUUGCUGUGACUUGUUUUAUUUCAUCGCUUGUGGUGGUGCGUUAUUUUGUUCCCAACGGGUGUGGCGGCGGCGACGAUGACAAUGUGUCGCAAUGCUCUUCAGGAAUGGGAACCUCCGACGCCGUAUCGUGGUUCUCCGGCAAGCAUCCUUUACUGGCUUUGCCAAUCAUGAUGUUUUCCUUCGACUGUCAAUCACUUGUUUUUCAGGUUUACUCCGGCUUGAAGGAAAUGAACCGACGGAAUAUGAUGCGUAUCUCUGUCAUUAGUCUUCUUCUCUCUGGGACCAUUCACGCCGCGGUGGGCAUGUUUGGCUACCUUGGUCACCCAACCGAUGUCCGUGAGAAUGUCAUGAGUAACUUCGACCCGACGACAGACACUUUGUUUGCGAUUGGCUAUUUUGUGUACGUGAUUCCGGUGAAUCUGGCGUUUGUGAUUAUUCUUUUUCCCACACGUGACGCCAUUUUUCUAAUGUGGUAUGGUUAUAGCUCGGCCACAGAAGCGGUGGAUAGGGGGCAUGUCACGGACAGCGGUUUGGAGAAUUAUGACGCGUGUCAGCAACGGAUACCCGCACGUGAUCACCUUAUUGUUAGUGUCUCGCUUUCUGUUACAUGUCUCACGGCGGCUCUUUUAGUGCCGGGUGUUGUAUCUGUGGUGGCAUUGUUGGGUGGUGUGUGCAGUAGCAGCUUGUGCUUCACCUACCCAGCACUCUACCGCCUCCGGCUACAUAAAACUGGGAUUUUGCCCUAUACGAAGUAUUGGGAGCGUCCUUUGAAUUGGAUUAUGUUGAUCUUUGGUCUUGUUGGUGGCGUUCUCGGAACGAUUGUAGCGGCCAAAGAGUUUUUCUAG